AUUUACAGACUUUUAUUUUGAAACGGGAACCACAACCCGGAAGUAAAUAGACUUCACGUGUUGGUGCGUGCGAAAAUGUCUACCGACGCUGCAGUGAAAAAACCGAAAACUGUUUUCUCUCAGUCUGAUGAGCGGGUUGACUGGAGGAAAAGGAAAGCAGAAAUAAAGGAGGCUCAGAGGCAAAGGAAAGAGGCCAAGCUGAUCAAACAGUUGGAAAAGCAGAAACAGCAAGAAGCUGCAGAGAGAGAAAAACUUGAACUUGAGCAGAGCCAAAACAAAAAAGGUCGGGCUUACACGGUGAGUGUGGCCCUGCCGGGUUCUGUCCUGGAUAACGCUCAGUCCACUGAACUCCGUACGUACCUGGCCGGACAGAUCGCCCGUGCCUGCGUCGUGUUCUGCGUCGACGAGAUCGUUGUAUUUGAUGAACAAGGGGAAGACGUCAAGAGCGUGGAAGGAGAAUUUAAAGGUGUUGGGAAGAAGGGACAUGCUUGUAUUCAGCUUGCCAGAAUACUUCAGUACCUGGAAUGUCCACAGUAUCUGCGCAAGUGGUUCUUCCCAAAGCAUCAGGAUUUACAGUAUGCAGGUUUGCUCAACCCUUUAGACAGUCCUCACCACAUGAGGAUAGAUGAUGAAUCAGAAUAUCGAGAAGGAAUAGUCCUCGACAGGCCCACCAAACAAGGACAAGGCUCACUAGUAAACUGUGGAAUGAGAAAGGAGGUUCGGAUUGAUAAACAGCUGCAGUCUGGACUGCGAGUCACAGUUAGGCUCAAUAAGACACAGAAUCAGGAGAGCAAACUAUGUAAAGCUGUGGUGGUGGCCCCCUCAGUGCCCAGGACUGAUGGUGGGCUCUACUGGGGUUACAGCGUCCGCUUGGCGUCCUGCCUCAGUGCAGUUUUCACAGAGAGUCCAUAUGAAGAAGGAUACGACGUGACUGUUGGCACAUCAGAGAGAGGCAGCAACGUGGACCAGACGACACUGCCACCAUUCAAGCAUCUUCUGGUAGUUUUUGGGGGUCUUCAGGGAUUGGAGGCCAGCGUAGAUGCGGACCAAAACCUGGAUGUUACUGACCCCAGUGUUUUAUUUGACCUUUACCUCAACACGUGUCCCGGUCAGGGCAGCAGGACCAUUCGCACAGAGGAGGCCAUCUUGGUUUCCAUGGCAGCACUCAGAGAGAAGAUCACGGCUGCCUUUUCAGGUGCAUCCAAUGGUUUAUUGAAGAGUUAGUGAUAAAGCAAAGUUAACAAGGACAUGCUGGCAGACAUUUUGUCAUCAAAUCGACAUUCACCAUGAAGCUGUUCAUUUUCCGCAAUCGGAUCUUUUUGGUAUUGCUUUCUGUUAUAACAGCUUGUACCUCACACAUGGCAUCACGCACAUCACUGCAUUGAGUUCAGUCAGUGUCAGAUUCUGCGUCUUUGUUUCUAAAUGGCUCAAUAAAUUGUACAUAUUUAAAUACAAA